UCCCCUCCUCCCCGCACGCGCUGCUGGCCUCAAAUGGGAAGAAGAGUUUUCCCAAGUCGCGCAGAUGAGUCUGUCAUCUUUGAGCAGCAGUUCAGGACCGGAUUGAUUAUCGAUGACGUAAAUGGCGGAAGAAUUGAUCUCAGAAAAUGCUGGAAAAAUCGGCGGGCAUCUCACCAAGUCUCUGCUGGCGGUGGCUCUCCUGUCCUCCUUUGGCAGCUCCAUGCUCUACGGCUACAACCUGGCAGUCGUCAACUCACCUGCACAGUACAUCAAAGCCUUCUACAACGAGACGUUACUGGAGCGCCAUGACCAGCCUCCAGAUGAGCAUCUUCUCACAGUGCUGUACUCCAUCACCGUGUCCAUCUUUGCCAUCGGCGGGAUGACCGGCGCUCUGCUGGUGGGCAGACUCGUCACCAAAUACGGGAGGAAAGGGACGCUGGUGAGGUCCACCAUGCUGGUGUUUGUGGGGGGUGCUCUGAUGGGCUUCAGCAGGUGGUUCAGGAAUCCUGCAAUGGUCAUCGCUGGUCGCUUCAUCACAGGAGUUCACUCAGGAAUCUGUCUCAGUGUGGUGCCCAUGUACCUGGGUGAAAUCGCUCCCAAAAACCUACGGGGAUUCCUGGGGCUGGUUCCUAGCAUCCACAUCUGCCUCGGAGUCUUCAUCGCUCAGGUGCUGGGGCUCUCCGAACUGCUGGGAAAGGAGGAGUAUUGGCCUUUACUCCUCGCCCUUGUGGUGUUUCCUACUGCGAUCCAGCUGAUGCUGUUGCCAUGGUUUCCAGAGAGUCCACGAUACCUACUGAUCGAGAAGGGAAACAUUCAUGCAACCAUUGCAGCGCUGAAGUGGUUUCGCAGCAAAGGAAACAUCCAGGCGGAGAUCGAGGAGAUGCAGGAGGAGCAGCGCUCGCUGUCCUCCAUCCAGACGCUGUCUGUGGGCCGCUUGCUCGUGGACAGCUGUGUGCGCUGGCAGGUGAUCACCAUCGUGGUGGUCAACAUCGGCAUGCAGCUGUCUGGCAUUGAUGCGAUCUGGUUCUACACAAAUGACAUUUUCAGGAACGCUGGGAUCCCAGAGCCUCACAUUCAGUACACAACAGUGGGGACCGGCGCCAUUGAGGUCAUCGCAGGGAUGCUGGGGUGCUUCACCAUUGAGCGCGUGGGCCGGAGACCUCUGAUCAUCGGCGGCUUCCUCUUCAUGGGCGUCUGUUGUGCAGGGAUCACUGUGUCCGUCCUCCACCAGGCGCAGCUUCCCUUCAUGAGCUACAUCAGUGUGGGCUGCGUCAUCGGGAUCAUUGCUGGCUUCUGCAUAGGUCCAGCCGGCGUGCCUUUCCUGAUCACUGCAGAGCUCUUCAAGCAGUCUCACCGGCCGUCUGCCUACACCGUCGCCGGAUGUCUCAACUGGCUGUCCAACUUCACCAUCGGCUUUGUGUUUCCCUUCCUGCAGGAAGCCACAGGCCCUUACUGCUACCUGAUCUUUUGCACCGUCUGCUUGGGAGUGGCCAUCUACGCCAUCUUCAUCAUUCCCGAGACCAAGAACAAAACCUUUUUGGAGAUCAGCCAGAUGUUUGCUUCCAGGAACAAGAUCCCCAGUGAAGAGCUGGCCUCCAACGGUCAUUUGAAAAUGUCCCUGAUGAACGGAUAUGGAACUCUUGGCAUCCGCGAGGACAAAUGAGAUGAGCGUCAGAGAUGAAGACGAUGAAGAAGGGCACAAAGGACAAACUUUGGCGAUGCUGCUUCUUUUCUUAGAUCUUCCUUAAAGGUUAAAGUGUGAUCGGAGUUGAUUCCUCCUUCACAGUUCACAGCCCGACCUCUCCCCUUUUCCUACAGACCUCAGAGGGGACAUUUACUUUGAAAUGUGCUAAAAACCCAGCGAAGCUUCCACCAGAUUCCAGAAGAUACCAUGUCAUGCACAGAGAUUACAUGAAUGUAAAGAUAAUCUUCUGUCAACCAUCGGCAGUGUCUGUGAUUGUUUAAAAAGCAUCUUUUCACACUGGAAUUGUGCUGAAACCCUGAAGAAAAUCACUCUGAAGAAGCAUCUCUGCUUUGCUGCUGUUUGUUCCUAUUUCUGUCACACACUGACCAUUCAGGGGCGCUGUUGCUCUGCUGCCCCUUCAUGGACUCUGACCUCAGCGCCCGAUUCUGUGGCCUCCAAGAUAAAAAAGAAAACAUCCUCAAAGAUUUUUUUAAUCAUUGUAAAUUUUAAACACUCUGAAAAAAACAACUUUAACAAAGGAUUUCGACAAAAAACAGAGUGAAAAUAGUAAAAGUAUCAUAAUCUGGAUAAUGGUCAAAAGCAGCAGCAGCAUGUAAAGUCACCAAAAGCUGAAUUUUACCAGAACUUUUCCACAGGAAUGAAUGAACAAGUGUAGCUACAAACCAGAGUGAGAAGAUCUGUGGAAUUAUCCAACAAGAUCAUAUAAGAUCUCAGUUUCUUCAGUCAAUUUAUAAGAAAAUACAAGAAAAUUAGAAUGACAAACAUUUUCCUGUAUUUUCCAGCUAAAAUCUGAAGCUCUUUGUCAAAAAACGUCCUCAAGAUUAAAGAUAUUCCACGUGAUUCUCUUCA